CUGGGGUUUGGGGAGCGCUUUGCGCGCCGCACCCCGGCGGCUCCGCAAGAUGGCGGCGCCCGUUGGCCGCUGCCUGUGGAGAGUUCUGGCCCCACGUCGCGGCGGGGUCUACCCCGGGCUCGACCAGCGCCUCGCCGCCGUCCCUGCCUUGGUGCUCUCCCGGCCCUACGCAGCGGCUGCCAAAACUGCAAAAAAGAGUUUCAAAAAGGCCAAGCAGGGAGAAACAAAGAAGAAAGGCACUGGUAGGAGGCCCCUGCUGAGCAAGCCAGUGGAUGAUGUGUACCUGACCUGGCUGUACAAACGCCCCUCCUACGGCCUGGAGCAGGCUGUGGCCAUGCUGAAGAAAUUCCAGGAGCUGGACUUCACCCACCCCAGGCAGCAUGUCUACAUCAAUGUCUUCCUAGAUAUGGCUCUAGAGAAAAAGAAAAAAGUGGAUCCAUUUUCAGGUGUUGUUCUCCUUCCACACCGCUACACGGAGGAAACAAACAAGGUCUUGGUUUUCACAGAGAAUGAACAAGAAGCUGAAAUAGCUCGGGAGAAUGGAGCUGCUAUUGUGGGAGGAGUUGAAUUAGUCAAAUGGAUUUUGGAAGAUGAGAUCCAAGCAGACUUCUAUGUAGCUGUCCCUGCAAUAAUCCCUAAGCUGAUACCACUGAGGAACAAACUGAAACGAAAAUACCCAAACACAAAAAGAAAUUCCCUGGGCACUGAUAUUCCCAAAAUGCUGCAGCUCUUCAGAGAUGGUCUUGAGUAUACUGUGCAAGAUGAGAACGUCAUCAAGACAAGAAUAGCCAGACUGGAUAUGCCUACAGAGCAGAUAAUUGCCAAUCUGAAAGCAGUUGUCCAUGAUAUCUGCACAUACAAGCCAUCAAAUUACAGUCCCCUGGUGCAGCAGUUGGUUAUUAGAUCUUCAACCAGUGAGGGUUUGCUACUGAACCUGGAUGGGCUUCUGCCUCAGGUGGAGAAAGCAGAGGAAAUAAAAGAUGCAGAUGAGGAUGAUGAAGAAGAUGAUGAAAAAAAACUUACCCAAGAAUCUGUUAGUACCUGACUGUGUAUUUCAAAUCCUACUUUAUCAAGAGAAAAAAUAAAUCUAACUUGUGAGUUUCAUUUGUAAAUCCUGCAGAACAGGGAAUGUCACAAAGAGGAGACCAUUAGCAAAACAGAAGAUGUUUUUAAAUUCCUUUUCUGGUACCUGA